AUGUAUGAACAAAUGUAUAAUAUUGCACGAGCCAAACAAAAAGAUUGUUUAUGCGAAAAUAAAGUAGAUGUCUACUUCCCAGCCAUCGAUGACAAAAAAACUGGUGACUUAUGGUACGAUGUAGACACGUAUCAAAGAUAUGAAAAGUCAGGUUAUGAGUCCAUACCAGUGAAUGAUUAUAAGGUACCUGUUUUCCAAAGAGGCGGCACAAUCGUGCCAAGAAAGGAACGUCACCGUCGCACUUCCUUACUCAUGCAGAAUGAUCCCUACACUUUGAUUGUGUGCCUCGAUCGCGAAGGAAAAGCAAAUGGCACACUUUAUAUUGAUGAUGAGAAGUCUUAUGGUUACCGCAAAGGCAAUUAUAUUCAUGUGAACUUUGCGUUUGAAAAUUAUCGAUUGACAAAUUACUUUAUUGGAACACCCAAAUAUGACUCUAAAUCGUGGAUUGAGCGCUUGGUGAUUGCUGGGCUCGAAAAGGUGCCCAAAUCCGCCACAAUUGUUAUCGAUGGCAUUUCCAAGCAGUUGGACGUUUUGCAACAGGGCAAAGCGGUGAUUAUACGCAAGCCUGGCGUGCAUGUUAGAAUGGACUUCAGUCUUAGACUUAAUAAUUAGUAUUCAAAGAAAUUUUAUUUUCAAACGUAAAUUCUCAUUCCCAAUUUAUUUAGUGGCAUGUCGUCGCCAGAACACAAUAUAUUUUAUUUUCAUACAAAUACCUUUUAUUAAAAUCAACAAAUGGA